GGUAUCUAUGAGCAUUCUCUUGUACCUCAUAAAAACACUCCAGUCGAACGACAAAUCGGAAGGUAUACGCUACUGGGUGUGAUUGUCUUCAAGAAUAGGUCUUCAACUAAGUUCAAGCGUCGCUCUGCGAGAUCCCUACGCGGUAUUCACUUUCGGUAUAUACUAAAGAUAUUAUCAUUGUUUGCCUUUCAUUCAAAAGUGGUUCAUUAUUGAGAGGCCGCGGAUUCUUGCUUGAUAGAUAAGAAACCACAAGCUUCUCGCGGCUUCCCCCGAUCUCUUAACACAACAACGACAACUGAUUCCUAACGGAAGAAGCGAGGAAAUUACUGAUCGUGUGUUGUUUUGUGUCGCCGGGUUUACAUCACAAGGGCUUAGCAUGACAAGCGCGCGCCCCCGAAGGACAUGAACGUGAAAAGUUCCUUUUAACUCGUCGCUAGCUUUUCAAGAGAUCAGCGUGAAGAGAAGGUCCCAAGAGAAUUGCCUGCUCUCUUUGUUCGGGAAUAUUGUUGAUGAUCGGAUAAUUUUUAUGUUGACCGCCCACAGCUCACAACAACUCUGCCCUCGGGCUGCUUCUUGUGUUAGUACGUGUGGUCUGAUCGAGCGUAGCGAAACCCUUGCAUCGGAGGACGACGCACGUAGAUCGAUUUUCCGCUCCACUUUAAAGAUUUCAGCCAAAGGUUUUGCGGAAAUCUUGACUGCAAGCGACGUGCUGACAGAAAUAUACCACGUCACUCUUCAUUAACACCAUUAUCUAGCCGAUUUUGAGCAUCAUACAGCGUUCUUUCUCUCGGCUUCACAUAACCGAGUCUAUUCCUGUUCGUGGACUGAUUAAACGAAGGAGUAACCUUUGUAUAGAUCUAUCUCAAGAUGUAUCAAACAGUAAAGUUAAGGGAGCUCAAUACCUUCAUCACUUGCGGCAUAUGUGAUGGCUACCUGAUUGAUGCUACGACCAUUACGGAGUGUCUACACACGUGUGAGUAUGCGACCUUCAGUGGUGUUUCUCUGUUCAGAUUACCGCAUAAAUCAGCCUUUUUCCUUUGAUUAGUGUUUACGCCAUCUUCUGGUGUUUCAGCGCCAAUAGUUUACCACUGGGCGAUGCGUUUAGGUAGAAGAACCAGUGAGAUCGGUCCGCAAGAGUUUUAGAGAGCUCCCCAUGUUAUAUUCAUGCUUAUAGUGUUGAUAAUGCUUUUGAGUUUUAUACAAAGGCCUUUAAAGAUUUAAAAUUUUCCCCGUCAACAGUCUCCUUGAAUGUGUGUUAUAACUUUCCUGCAAAUGCCGGUUAUGCUUUAUUUAUCAAAGCGGCAGAAAGGAAACCUCACAUAUUCUAUCUCCCAUUCUGUUCGCCGGUCUUGGUACGGAGUGCUCAAGAUCUCUACAAACACCAUUGUUUGAUUUUUCGUUUGCGCAGUGAAUUUGGCAUUUUACUGUUUAGUUUUAUUUCAUUGUCUACUGGGGUUGAUCGCCAAGAAAUUGUCGGGUACACUACGUGCGGUAACCAGAGGCUUCUCAGCGUUCCGCGGUUUAACCCGAGGUUUUAAACACAGACGGUGUGUGUACAGAUCUUUUAGCGCAAACGACGUGAGUCAAAAUCCAGCAGGCAAUGAGCUUGACAACAGAUGCAUUAUAACUACAUAGUUGCAGUUGUUUGAUCGGGGAUACUUUAAAUUUACUCUCUCGUACAAGUUUGAUGCUAAAAAUAUACCCCAGUGAGUGAGGCGUAGUCCGUUCCGUAGACCUCUCUCAUCUUCAUCUCCCGAAGCCGUCUAAAAUCGCCUUGUUAAAAUUGUCUUAGAGAAGCGGCUUCGUGCUUGAGUUAAUUUGUAUUUAAAACCAGCACUUUCUCAAAGAACGACAUAACCCGCGAUCAAGGAAGCGAGGAAAGCUUACGGAAUCACUCUUGCCCUUUAAGACUUACAUCAUAUGAACUGCUGAAACUAUUACAUUUCAUGAUUCAUGAUAUAACAGUGUAUAUGCUUUGGCGAAGUGAUGUUUAUUGGGCUUGUUUGUGCUUUGGUUUGUUCAUAGUUUGUAGAAGCUGCAUUGUCAAGCGCUUGCAAGAAGACAAUGUCUGCCCAACCUGUAAAAUAGUCAUUCAUCACAGCUACCCCAUGAACUAUAUCAGGUGAGAUGUUUAUGAAGUAGCAGACACUUAUCGUGCUUCAAACGAGUGUAACAACAUGCAACAUUUAAUGUGGGCGAAAUACAGCUAAUAUAAGAAAAAUGUUCGAUGUGCGUGGGAUAGACUUUCAUUGCCCUAGAUAGACACUAAUAGCUUAGAACUCAGCGAUUUCAAAAUCAAUACAUUUUCGUGAUUUUAUAACCGUUUCUUUACUUGAUAAUUAUUUUAAAUGAAUUUAAAAUUGAUUAGUUUUUUAUGGAGAUUGACCCUCGGCGCAAACGAAUAGGAAUGAUUACAUCGGUUCCAAGUUUGCUGUGGGAUAAUUCUACCCCAAAUCCUCCGAAUGACGUUCUUGCCAAAUCUUAAGUAGAUUACUAAACUUCCUCCUGCCCAAGGCUGCUCUUUUGUUUAAAAUAAUUCCAGACAACCUUUAUACAAAUGUCACGGCUCCAACUAUAAACAAUCUGCGUUGUAUUGCUGUAAAAUUUACCUUUUGUAAGCAAAUCAUGAAAACACCUUUCUACUUUUAACAGGUUAAACCCACAAUUGCCGUUAUCAUAGACUAGAGGUAUAGCACAAAGUCAACUACGAGUUUUAGAUACAAACAAUGGUAUUUUGCCUUAUUAACGUUUGAGAGAAAAUCAUGUGAUAGAUUAUUCUGGUCAAGACAAUGAUAUUCCAGUCCACUAAGCGAAUUUAAGUGAAAUUUAAGCGUUUCAUAAACAACUGAUUCUACAUGAUUAUUUGUGUUGUUUCACCUCUCAUUAUUAGCUAUUAGUGCCAUCUUAAUUAUUUAUCUAUUUAUUUAUUUUCAUUCUUAAGUAGACCGGCUUUUGAAAUUUAAACUGCGUGGGAUUUUUUCUUGAAAAACGUGAUGGGCUCCCUUCGUUCUGAAUUCAUAGAAAUAUUGUUUAAUAUCUUGCAGUUCCGAUCGUACAAUGCAGGAAAUUGUAUACAAACUGGUACCAGGAUUACAAGAGCGUAAGUGUACUCAUUAAUGCAUGGCCGAUAAAAGAAGGUAGUAAAAAUUACUUGGGGAAUAUACUGAGACCAAAAAGGUGUCGGGUCUACUUCAAAGGGUUCCGCUGGCUUGAUAUUUUGAAGCAAAUCUUUCGUCAUCCUUUAUAUAUUUUAUUUUUCUUAAUGCAACAUAAGCUCUAGAGUCUCAUUUGCAGUAAUUUCCUCUUUGUUGCGUCGAAGAAUAAUGCUUAACCAUGCGGUACCACUGGACACGCUAUUUAAUUUAACAAAAACAGCUCUCAACAAUUCACUUGACGUUAAUGUUUUACCAGGAGAGGCGAAAUGAUCAUAGGGCCCUUGCUGUAUCAAAACGUAAACAUAGAAAUUCGUCUUCGAGGCGCGUGUUCAACGUUGUGACAACAAAGUUCCUCCAGCUAUCACCUUCUUGAAAGUUUAAUGAUAUUUAUAGAUUUUUGCCCCUGGCUAUUAAACUCGUUAUCGCAGUAUAGGCUAAUACUGAUAACAAUACUUCAAUAGGUGUAGCUGCAAUAGCGCAUAAAGGAAUCAAAAGAAUAUGUGUUGCAGCAAGGUUGUUAUGUUGCUCGUUCAUGCGUUUCAAAGGCGAUAAUCGCAACAUCAGUGGUCAAAGGCAUAUAAACAGUUUUCCUGCGGUUUGGGCUUACCGCGGGGGUUUUCCGUUUUGUUCCAGACGUUCCUAAUUUCAUUUACACGUGUACUUGAAGUGAUGAUUUAAUAUCUCUGAUACAAAACAUAUCCGAGGAGUAUUUGGUGGCAUAGUGGCAUAGAAUCUCGCUAGUCCUUUAGGACUUUACCAACACGAAACUCGGAUGAUUACCAAAACACGAACAUGAACUAUUUUCGACUUAAAUCUCUAUGUUUUAAGUGUUGUUCUCAGUUAGAACUUUCUCCGAAUCAACUUGAUGUAGAAAAUUGCUGUGAAUCCAUUUUUUUUCUCGGGGAGACAUCCGUCUUUCUCGAGUGGAAGACUUGAAUUUUUCUUAGAGAUUAUCCUGGGGGCUGUUGAGAUUUUAAUCUAUAAGCGCCGCAAAAUGCCUGCUCAGUUUUCGAAAUGGCAUAAGACCCUGGAAGUUUCGUAAAGACUCUUAGGCUUUUCUUGGUUUGGGAGAUGUGCAAGUUUAACAGUGUAUGAUCACUUUCUCUAUUGAUUUGCUCGCCAUUUUAAGGAGAAAGUUAAGUACUAAUCUGAUCGAAUGAUAUAACAAUGUUCAUGCCUUCUAAUUUCGUCUGCAGACUUUAAGUAAAGCUUGGUGUCUUUCAUUUCAUUUCAUUUCAUAGUCCCGUUUUAGAAUUUUAGAAUUUUACUGUAGACUCAGCAGUUGAAAACAACCUUCGUACUGUUCGUAACUCUGUCUAUUGCACAGUGCCGGUAGGAGUCUAAAAUCAUUUCUUUUAAUAUUGCCUUGAGGGGUCAUUUGAACCGUUCGCUGCAAAAGCAAUUGCCAACAGACAAAUUUGCACGCCUUGGAAGGAAAACGAACUCCCAAUUUAAAGUGAUUUUUGAAAGCCAUACUUUCUUAUAUGUUCUCAGCGCACUGCGAAUGAAACCAGUAUAAAUGUUCCCUUUACGAGCUGUCAUUGUGGAUCGAAAAGGAUUUUUAUAACAUUGUACAUUGUACAUGUAAAUUUGCCCCCGCGGGCACUACCAUAUUUAGCCAACUAUAAUAUAUAGUGUGCUUUAUGAGGAGCUUAGUAUUUAGAAAAUUAUAUCUCCUUUGUGCUCUCUUUAUAGAGUCACUUAAAACUCGCUAUGAAGAAUCUAUACUACUUUUUGACAAUCUAGCAACAAUUUAACUUUCACGUCAUCCACCUAUCUUAAACUAAACAUUAGUUGAAGUACCUCAGGAAAGUUUUGCUCAAUUCCUUUAUUUUAAUUUUCUUCCCCGUUGCCUUCAAAGAAAUGAUUUCCAAAACAGGUUUUGGGCGGAUUUUUUAAGAGUCAUUGUGCCGGCCAUGAUUUAAGACCGUAAUCCUUUAACUUCUAAUAGGAAUUUGCAUCUUAUUUCUCCUCAUAAUAGCCUUAAAUUUAACAUUAAGAUCGGUAGAGUAAAGGAAUUGACCUCUUAAGAUAAACUUUUAUGUCUGGGCUGAAGACAAAAGCUUCCUAUAGGUUAUUUUGGCAGAGUUAUAUUAGUCUUCGACAGAGAUGUCAUGGUUGGGGAGAGGGGGAAAAGAUAUCAACUUUACGCAGGGAGGGGUAGGAGAGGACCCUAAGAAAGAGGUUGGAAAGAAGUCGCCUACGUGGCAGGUAUACGUGAAAGAAGGGGAGAGGAGGCUGGAGAAAAGGUCCCCCUUUUGACGCCUGCAAAGUAGACUAGACAAAAGGAAGGACGUUUGGAAGGGAAGAAAAGGAAUCCGUCUCCCUUUUCCAUUUUGACGGUUUUUCUCACGCUCUUCCUCUCUUUCUUUUGCCUCCCACGCAGGCUAUGUUUUUGGUCAAACAGCAGUUAAAUUAUCGUCAUGUAACUUCAAGAAACAAGCCUUGAGAAGCAUCAGUUCAAUUGAUCUUUGUAAUAAUACUAACGGGGGUCGUACAGGACUUAUCAUGGGGAUUGAAAAAUCAAGUUAAAGUUAAUAUUUAGUUUACCUUGCUCAAAGCUUAAAUCAAGGUAGAAAAAGACAGAACUAAGAUCAAUUUGCUAUUUUUUACCCAAAAUGUAUUUAUGAAACCAGUGCAACCUUAAUACAGAUGUCCUUACUUGAAGGCAAACUACAGGGCGAACAAAGUGGUCUUUUGGGCGACCCUUGCAUCCGGCGACAGCAUACAGUUAUUCAAUGUCAUCCUGUAUUUUUUCCGCGAAACGAAAGAACUCGCGAGUUCUAUAAUCUGUGAUCUUGUACUCAAACAAUUUUUCUCUUUCAAAUUGACAGAACUGAGGACUGUUAAUUUAGAAAACACUGAUACCUAGAAGAUGUCUGAACAAUGUAGUUAAUAUCAUUAUGACGUCCUUGAGCAACAGAGUUUGUUUGCCAAGCCGAGCUUACAACACGUCGCGAGUUUUAAAAUUUUUUACAAAAAUCAAAGACUUCCGGACUUUAUUUAAUAUUCUUCUGAAUGUAAUGACAUAUGAGAGCAAAGCUGAGUGCGGGAUCAGUAUUUAGAAUGGCGAAAACAACGCUGUGUUCACUAAUUUCAUCGACUCAUUCUUUUGUUAAUGUGUUCGCUCGGUAGGUGAACUUCAAAGGCAGAAAGAAUUUGAAGUAGCCAUGUUUAUGUACCGCACAGGAGAACAACAAAACGCCUUCAAUGCCAUGAAUUCAACGAAAACGAUCGGUAAGUUACAUUUCAUAUAUUAGGUCCCUUGGAAAGUAACGGACGUCUCUCUGUAGCCUGUAGGACCGUUCACCACUUACUAGCCUGGGUCAAUUCUCUCUUGCCUGCGUGGCACCCCUUUCGGCGCCUACCACGCAUACUAGCCACUCACAAUUCCCAAAUGUAGGGCUUACUUGCAGGGCAACCUACCCCCCCCCCCCCCACCCCUCCCCAACCAAAUCUUCCCUUGGAUAAAUCAUUUGUUGACACUACACUGCGUAAGUUAUGAACUGUGAGCAGUCUGUUAUUUUUCUGCUUGUAUGAGCACAGCAUUCGUCGCCGAUGAAAGGUUAUGACUUAGAAUUACAAGGUGGUUAUCAGUGCAGUGUGGAUGUGUUACCCACUGCAAUUAGUCACAUUGACAAAAAACUACUGUGAUGCUCGCCGUCUCUGUCGUGUACAAAUGUAAAUGUUUGUCUUACUAUACUUAACGUUGAAGCUGACACACACUUAAGAUCACUUUUAAAAGUUGCGACUUGUGAACGCCAUUCCUACGAGUUUUUCUCUUUUUUUUAUCAAGGUUAACAUCGCGAAAAGUUAACAUCUCUUUUUUCUUUCCAAGUGUUUAGAUUUGUUAUCAAUUAGAUAAGAUCUCGCUACGAUCCCGGGGCAGGGAGGAGGGGGAGGGGGCGCCCGAAAGGGGUACCUUUCUCAGGCUUUAGGUAGUAUUUGAAAGUGUAGGGAAAUCUAACAUUUCAGUAUGUAAAAGGACCUUAAGGGCUAACAGAAGGUUUUUAAGGCUGUGAAAAAAGCCGAAAAAUUUUUCCCGCUUUUGUGUUUUGUUCAUAUUUAAAAGGCAGUGUAUUGACGGUAGUUAAAAGGGAUACAAAGUUGUAAACUAGAUAUGUAAAAGGGGUACAACAGAAGAUAUACGAAAGGGGUACCUUAUCUGCCAGAAAUGGUACAUAAAAGGGUAAGGGUUUGGACCUCGGGGAGGAGUCUCCAGGUAUAAAAUUUUGUUGAGUAUCCCCACUGGGGUUACCAUAGCAUCACUGAACCCCUUUUACUUCUAGGGAAUCGAACAGGUGUUUAACUUCUUUCGGUGCUUUUUGAACGACCGGGGCCCUCCUUUUAACACUUGGGGACCGGGCAGAAAGAUUUGCCUCAUUUCCUCCGACUUUCAAAGUAAUCCUCACAGCCAGAAAAUGCUUCUUUUUUUUGCAAUGGGCUCUUUUUUUAUUUUUUUCCUUCGGAGUUUAAAGAGAAACAGCAGUUUUACUAUUCAUGAGUUCUGAGCCAUUUUCACAAACAUGCUCUUGUCUUUGUGCUAGAAAUCAUGAGAAAUGCUCGAAGUUUGGUUGACUUAAGGUGAUGUUAGACAAGACGAUUUGCAGUGACGAUUUUUAGCGCAACACUGCCUUGCAGUGUUGGAACAAUGUUGCAACUGUUCGAAACUACGUCGCAACAAUGUUGUAAUGCUGUGUUGCGCUAAAAAUCGUCGUUGAGGAUCGUUCCGUGUAACAUCACUUUUAUUAACCGCUGUAACGUUGAAAACUGCUUUUAAACCCUUUAAAGGUCAUGUUACACGGUACGAUUUGCAACGACGAUUUUUAGAGCAACACAGCGUUGCAAUGUUUGAACAAUGUUGUAGCUAUUCAAAACAAUGUCGCAAAAGUGUUGCAACCCUUUGCUGCGCUAAAAAUGGUUUUUGAGAAUCGUCUCGUGUAACAUCACCUUAAGUCCCAAGAGUGACCAACAUCAAUUUUCUCCCAACAACAUCAAUACACUAGUCAAGAGAAAAGGUCAUGAGAAUUAAUAAAAUGAUCACGAAAGACGCUAUUAAAACAUGACGUUUCGGCGACGACAUGUCACCAUUAUCAAAUGCAAAUGAAAGAGACACGAGCCGUCACCUCCAUCUACUCAUUGACGAGCACAGAUACUCUGUAAUUGGCAAACAAAUGCAACAAAAACACCAACAAGAGCCAACUAAUCCCCGAGAACAUUUUAAGAAAUGCCUAGGAAAAUUUGAGUGCCUUAUUUAUGAGAUGUUGUUGUAAGGAAAAGAGACCAAUCUUAAACACUCAUACCGAAUCCAUUUCAGCAACACUUUUCACUUUUCAUUCUUUUAUUCUUCAAAUUCAAUGUUGUGUUUCACACCUUCGUUUCCUAUAUCAGAUAUCGUUUCAUAGUCUCAUUCAUUUCCAUUUUAUAGUGGUGACAUGUCGUCGCCGAAACGUCAUGUUUUAAGAGCGUCGCUUUUUAUCCUCAAAUAAAUGAUCACGAAGGGAGAAAUGCUCUAAUCUUUUAUCGAAUUCUCUCAACUGAUUCUGUGAAGAAAUGCACAGAGAUCAGUGAGGAGAAUUCGUAUGCAGAUAUCGGCACUUAAAGGGUUAACGUUAUUUGUGUAACUCGAUUUUAAACAGCUAACAAUACCUCACCAUCAUCAUCAAACACGUCAAACGAGAAAGAGGAGGAGAAUCAAGACUAUCACCGUGGAGACGAGCAAGUGGCAAUCUGCAUGGAAUGUUACCGGUGCGUUUUUUCUUUACAAUUUUUCUGCUCUUGAAGUACGAACGUAAUCCAAAUCAAUAUUGGAGGGUCCUCGAGAACAAGCUUAUUAAAGCUAACAAAUCCCUACUUAUCCUUAGAAGGCUGCGCAAAGAGGGGUACAAUCAGUCAGAAAUAGACUUCUCUUUAAUACAUUAGUCUUACCUAACAAUAAUUAUGCAUUAUUCGUCUACGCUGCUUCCGAUACCGAUCUUACACUUAUGCAGUGUUUCUUGGUCCGCUGUUUUAAAAGGAAAUACAUGUCUAAGCGUGUAAGUGUAUAUGAUUUCUUAGAGAGGCGAAAUCGCAAAAUUUUUGGAAAAGUUCCAAACUCUGCAGGACAUCCACUCUUAUCUAUAAUGCCCCUUGUCAAACCGUCUAGGUACCAUCUUAGGAAAGAAACUUGUUAUAAACCUAUGAUUAACACUAUGCGUUAUUAACCGUUUAGUUUUUAGAUACGAAUUAGCUAGGUAAUAUACUGGAUUUUAAUUCUUACUUUUCACCUUUUUAUACUUCUUACUAGAUGUAAAAUUUCUUAAUUAAAUACACUUGUAACAGAAGAUGUAUAUUUUAAUCUUUUGACGAAUAAUAAUAAUAAUUAUUAUUAUUACUAUUAUUAUUAUUGUUGUUAUUAUUUUUAUUAUUUCAGGAGGAUUCUUAAAAUUCAAUCCCGUCAUCCUGCCCAACAUUUUCGCUCAAUCCCGUAAUCCCUAAUGGUUAUUUUGGGCAUCCCGCAUCCCGCAUCCCGUGAAGACUUUCAAUCCCGAAUCUCGCGCCCAAUUUUUAUUUGCUUUCAAAUCCUGAAACCUAGCCUGCGAAAACAUCCGUUUCUCCGCGCUCUUCGCCGCUGGCAGCCUAGUUCCCAGGCGUUUUCGGCUCGGUCAUUCCUGGACUCUACCAUGAGCUGUGACGUCACCAAGAGAUAUACACUGAGAACGUUCUGUCGCCCGCUCUCUCCCAGAAUUCGCGCGGAUAACGGAUCGGAUCGGAUCCGCUGGGACGUUUCGCGCGGAGGAACGAAACGUCCCCAGCGGCGAAGAGCGUGGAGAAACGGAUGUUUUCGUAGGCUACCUGAAACACGGCCUUCAAAUUAUUCAAAUAAAGCAAAUCCCGCAUCCCAAAAGACCUAUUGUGGACCCUCAUAUUGGUAGUUUUCUGCCUUUUACAUCGUACUUUUUGAACAGCUGGCUAAAACUGGAAAAGCAUCACUAUUUUCUGAAAUAUCAUUCUCUCUGUAUUUCUUCAUAGGGCCAAUGGAAAAUAUGCACUAAAGGUAAGACAUUUAACUUUCAUUCAUAUAUUUUAACUAAAUUCCAGGAGGUACCAAAGCUCGAAUUAAAGCUGUAUUCAGUUAAGACCUUUUUUCAUUGAUUCGAUCCUUAGAGUGGAUAAAAAAAGACCGCGGUGUAGGAUUACGAGAUUCCUAGUAAAACUGGGACUUUUAGACAUCAUCUAGGACAGCUAAGGGAGCAUAAACAUUUCAGUACGUUUAUAACUCAUUGACUCUCGUGUUGAUUGUUUUCCGCAGCCAUUAACACGGAAAUACCUAAGAUUAUCAUCUCAAGCGACUGUGUUACAUCUUAAAAAAUUCCUUGCUAAGAAGUUGAGCCUUAAAGACCACAAAGAUGUAAGUGAUGGAUUGCUUUGUUAUCUUCGUUGGGUUCAAGUUAGUAUAGAUUUGUGAACAGUGAUUUUUCCAAGGUAUCUGCGACUAAAUUGAGAAAACGACCGACAUUUCGCUACGCCAGCAAUGGUUUCCCCGCAAAAUGACUUCUGAGGAAGGAGCCCAGAAAUUCCAUGCUGAUGACGUGUCACUACCCAGAUCUUAGUAGUGUUUCUGAUUGGUCGUGCUGCGAGGGAAAUUUGGUCAGCCAAUCAGAAGCACUACCCAGAUUUGGAUAGUGUCACUUCAUCAGUGUGGCAUUUCUGCAGUCGCUCCUCAGACGUUAUUUAGAUUCCUUGCCAAAUGAUUAUUAAAAUCACUGAUCAGCAAGUGCUUUUCUUUUCCACCAACAAGUAAAACUCCUGCGAACCAAGAAAAGGUCCUCAAGUGACUUCUUGGAGGGUUUAUCUCAUGGCACCAUUGCCUCUCCUCGUCUUUCAUCGUACUCAAAACAAUCGUAAUGGUUUCAGUGCAUGGUCAAUUACUCUUUGACAAAACUCUAAUUUUUUUCCAAACUGCUUUCUAAGUGCCACUUAAGGUGCUGAUUUCUCUUUGUCGCUGCAAAGCUUAGAAUGAUACUGUCUUUUUGUUACAUAGGGACUUCGUUAAUCUUGUUCGGGUUUGUUUUUAGGUGGAUAUUCUUUGUAAUGAUGAGAUCCUUGGCAAGGACCACACGCUUAAAUUCAUUUGCGUUACACGAUGGAGAUUUAAGGUAUGACCAUUCAUAGUAACAAAUGCUCAUUUUAGUGUUUGUGUGAAAUAACUUUUUCCGCCGUUCGGCUUUGUAAGCACGUGCCAAUUUUCGGUGUACUAAUUGGGUCUAGGUAGAUGUGAAGUGCGAUAACUGUUUUUCUUCUUUCUAGGGUUGCCCUCUAUUGCUCCACUACAGACCAAGUCUCAAGUUGUUCUAGUCAGUGUAAAUUGCAAAUGGUUAUUUAUCACAGCCGAGAAGGACUGGCUUGGAUGCACUAGCGGUCGAAAACAUCGCCCAGAAGAACGCACAAAGGAACAAUACACCAUCGGCGAUUAAAUAUAACAAGGAGCAGAGGUUUUCCUGCUGGUUGAAUGUUACAUUGAAAUCCAUAAUGGAUGAAAUUCGUAUCAUUGAUACAAAAGUUUGAAGUAUUUUGCUUAGCUUUUGCAAAGUUCUGUCGUUCGACCGCGGUGAACGGGUGACGUCACAUGAAUGAAUAGGAACGAGGCUAAGGAACUGAGGAACGUCUGCAUGCAAGAAAACUUUUCACUUACCUCUUUAUAUUAAUUGCUGGGUUAUCCUUUUUAAAGACCUGGGAAGAGGAACGCGUUGAGGUCUACCAAAGGUUUACAGUUUUAAAGUUUGUUCUUUGUCCAUGCAGAGCGAGCAAUUGCUUUAAAAUUACUUUUCAUAUUUGCGCAGAGGUUUUAAAGAGCCAUUGUUGACGUUUCAUUCUCAGCUAAAAUGAAUAUGAUUCUCAGGGUUUAUAGGAAUACAGUUUAAUCUUUGAGGACGCUAAAUAUUUAUUGU